AUGGCCAAUUUCACGCAUUCGGUGAUUACGGGGAACAGUAUUGGGCAUAAUUCAAACAUCCACCAAGGCGACACCAUCAUCAAUGUCCCUCAGGGCAAUUUGCAGAUCUCCUCCUAUCCUGGAACAGGACAACUGAACCUUGAAUACGUUCCCGCCAGCUUCGACGAUGCGAGCAAACAGCAUCUUUCCAUGUGCCUUCCACAUACACGAGAGCAGAUACUCAGUGACAUUCGGGCAUGGAUUGAUGGCAAUAGCGAAAAGGGCAUUUAUUGGCUCAACGGCAUGGCUGGUACAGGGAAAACCACCAUCUCCCUAACAAUCGCUCACGAAUAUCAUCAAAAGAAGCGACUGGGAGCAAGCUUCUUUUUUUCCAGAGGUGGCGGUGACCUCGCAUCAGCGAAGAAGUUUGCGGCUACUAUAUCCGUUCAGCUUGCAGAGCAGUCUCCAGAAUUACGACAGCUUAUUUUGAAUGCCGCAACAUUGAACCCUCGAAUCGGUCACCUCAAUCUAUACAACCAGUGGGAGAAGCUUGUCCUGGAGCCCUUAGGCUUAUUGGAGUCGAACUCCGUCCAGCAGCCUCUUCUUAUUGUGGUCGAUGCCCUUGACGAAUGUGAUGAUGAAAAAGAUAUUGGAACGUUAAUCGAGUGCUUUGCUAGCACUAUUGCGAAUGUCAAAGAGAUACCAAUCCGAAUAUUUAUUACAAGCAGACCGGAACUUCCAAUCCAUCUUACAUUAAGUCGCGUAUCUAUUAAUUUACGUCAACACUUUGCCCUUCACAGCAUUGAACAAGCUAUUGUGGAUGGCGAUUUAAGGAUAUACUAUCAGUAUCACCUAACGCAAUUAUCACAGCGGUAUGUGUGGGACAAACGCAUUAUACUUGAUAAUGCUAUUCGGACUCUUGUCGAAAAAACUCAUGGAUUGUUUAUCUAUGCCGCUACAGCCUGUCGGUUCAUCAAAGAAGGAGGUAUAAACUCAGAAAAACGGAUGUUGAGUCUUUCUGCUCCUGGACCUUCUGCCUCUGAAGCAGAAAAAGAGCUUGACGGCAUUUACACCACAGUGUUGGAAACUUCGUUCAGGACGGAAUUAUCUUCUAAGGAAGCUAUAGAACUACAGCCUGAGUUUCAGAAGAUUGUUGGGUCCGUCAUGGUGCUAUUUGAUACGUUGGCCUUAACCGACCUCGUUGAUGUUAUCAAUGGGGAAAAAGAAAGAGUUGAGUCAAUGAUCAACAAUCUUAGAUCUGUCCUAGAUAUCUCAGAGGACGAGAGACGCCAUAUUAGCAUCCUCCACCCCUCUUUCAGAGAUUUCCUCCUCAACCCUGGAAGAUGUUCUCACAAUACAUUUAAAAUUCCCGCCAAACAGUUGCAUUAUGAUCUGUUCGAACGCUGUUUGGCAAUCAUGCAUGGUUCUUUACCAAAAAAUAUUUGCAAACUCAGAAGUCCAGCUGCCAAGGCACGAGAUAUUACCAAAGAUCAAGUGGACACAUGCAUUUCAUUCCCGAUUCAGUAUGCUUGCAGAUACUGGAUACAACAUCUUCAGAGCAGUGGGCGAAACUGGAUGAAUCAUGGAGGCAUGAAGGAUUUCUUCUGGACAGACUUUCUCGGCUGGCUAGAGGUUCUUUCUCUACUAGGUCGGCUAUCUGAAGGAAUAAAUCUAUUAGCAGGGCUCCAGUCUUGGCUACACGACACAUCAAAGAAGAAGAACUUCCAGCUAAGCCUUCAAAGUCAAUGGAAGAAGAUAAACUUGUUUCCAAAGAGUAAAGCCUCCGACGCGGUUAAUACCAACCAUGCGAGCGAUACUUCUCAGAGCCUUGGUAUGCUUAUACACGAUGCCAAGCGAUUUGCCUUUCAGCACAGUGGUAUUAUUGAAGAGACUCCGCUACAAAUAUAUUGUUCAGCAUUAAUAUUUAGCCCUGAGCAAAGCCUCAUCCGUCAACUCUACCAUACUGAAAUUCCAAGCUGGAUUAUUCCUUCCUUUAAAAGGCACAGCACAUGGCCCAGAUAUACGCAGGCCUUGUGGCACCCACAACCAGUCUGGUCACUUGCAUUCUCGCCCGAUGGCAGUUACUUAGCAUCCGGAUAUCACGACGGAGCUAUUUGGCUCUGGGACGCUGUAACAGGUGCAAAGCAGCGCAUGCUUGAGGGGCAUGGGAGUGGAGUUAGGUCGAUUGAUUUUUCUCCCAAAGAGGAGCUCAUAGCCUCCGGGUCAGAAGAUAGCACGAUUCGGUUAUGGAACUCUACGACUGGCGCAACUCGGGGCAUCUUGACACUUGGCAUAGAUAUUAUUUUCCAGGUUGCGUUUUCACCAGAUGGUGCCUCACUCGCAUCAUUCUCUACAGAUUCAAACCACUACACAGUAUGCAUGUGGAAUAUCGCGAGCCAUGCAAAGCAAUGGACAUUUAAGUACGAUGAUGGACGCGUGCAUAUCUCAUUCUUAUCUGAUGGUACGCAUGUUGCCUACAGCAGCAGCUCCGUGACCGGCCUCUUAGACUCCAAUACAGGAAAAUCUGUGUGCAUUCUGGCUGAAUAUGGAGGGAAGAUUUGUUCAUCUAGACUUGCUUCCAGCAGACAGAUGGUAGGAGUGAGAACAUACACUCAAAUUAUGCUCUUUGACAUUCAACCGAGUGCAAGACGGCGGUGGCAGUCUAAGUCUGAGCUUGACUAUCACAUCAAAUUGAUAACUUUUUCGCCUGACGAUCGGGUCCUCGCUGCACAUGUUAAGGGCCGCAUCGAACUACUCGAUACUACAUCUGGCCAUAAAACGCAUACCAUAAGCUGCGACACAUAUAUGGAAGAAUUUGCAUUCUCGGCAGAUGGAACAUUCAUCGCAUCAUUUUCGUACGAAAAUAAGAUCCGGUUCUGGGACUUGUCUGUGGGCAGGCAGCAGUCCGCCACCGAUUUCGACUUUUUGGAGUGGUAUAUCACUAUAAAAUCUAGUUGCGCCAGAUUUGUUGCAUUGUUGACAAAGCCCUCCAAACGAAUUACAGGCCUCUAUGAAAGUCAGUUGUUCAUCUGGGAUGCUCAAGAGAUGAUGAUGAAAAAGAAUUUUCGUGUCACAGGAAAAGCAAAAAUUCUAAGCAUGACAUUCUCGCCCAAUUCUCAAUUUAUAGCAAUCUGCUGGCAUAAUAAUGUCGUUGACUUGUUCGAAUGGGAGUCGGGAGAAAACAUCCUCACAAACAUCGAGGCGAAUAAUAUUAUUGUAUAUAUUGAGGUCAGCAGAUUUUCCCCUGACGGCAAUUUCCUUGCCAUAUACACUCCCCACCAUGAUACGCAAAUUUGGGAUAUACGACGAAGAACCGUCGUCCACAAGUUCCAGUCAAGAUAUUCAAAGGUGGCAUUUUCGCAGGAUUCAAAGCGCAUUGUAUAUCUAUUGACAAGCGAGAAACUAUCCAUGUUCGAUCUCGGGACAUGCGAUCACUUGGCUCAAAUCGAGGUAGGUAUGGGAAGAUUGUGUCAUUGGAGCUUUGACUCGAAUAAUCGGCUUGUUCUAUUUUACUCUGCGAGCUCAAGCGGUCCCUCUCAAAGACAGCUCAGGGGUGCUCAUACGGAGUUAAUCUCCCGUGUCAUCCAACUACCCUCUUCUAUCUCUCUUCUCAAACCAGUCCCAGCUACCAACAUCGUUAUCACAAGAUGGGAUGGCAGAUGUGAGAUCUGGGAUUUGACAACUGGCACGGUGAUGGGAAGUUUUGAGAAUGCUGGAGAACUAGCAUAUAGCCAAUUGCUUCCUUGUAAAGCUCACUUGCGAAUAGAUGAGGCUAUAGUACCAGUUUCGAAGCCAGACUCAUUGGGCUGCUGUUCUCACAGACUAUCGCUCGAGAGUCUUUGGAUCAAGCGCGGCAACGACAAGUUGGUGUACAUACCUCCUGAAUACGCAUCUGCUCUCAUCACUGUGGGGUGCAAGGGUGUUUUAUUUCAGCCAUUUAAAGAAAGCAGGUGGAAUAUUUUCCGUUCCAAUUCGGAACCUAUCAAUACUUUGGAAUUUGACUUUUCCGGGAUUGAAGACAGGUAUAUCUAA